AUGAGCAGUAGCACUGCUACUAGUGUUUCAAAUUCUAUACAAGAAGAUGAAGAUCUUAAAUUGUUUCAAGCAGCCAGACGAUGUGGUCGAAGAAAUGCUAUGGGUGAUUUUACCGUUCAACUCGCCCAAAGUGGUUCUUCGUUAAACACACCAAGAAAUGGAACCGAAUUUGAUCUUGUUCGAAAACGUCUUCAAAAAGAAUUGAAAAUAUUAACUGAGACUCCAACUCCUGGCAUUAGGAUUGUGGACGAUGGUUCAGAUAUGAGAAAAUUGAGAAUAGAUAUCGAUGGUGCUCAUGGAACAUUAUAUGAAGGCGAAAAGUACCAGUUACAAUUCAAAUUUACCGAUCAAUAUCCAUUCGAUUCCCCUCAAGUUGUUUUCGUUGGAAAUAAUAUUCCACUUCAUCCACACAUUUAUAGUAAUGGUCAUAUUUGUUUAUCAAUAUUAACGGACGAUUGGUCUCCGGCAUUGAGUAUAAAUUCUGUUUGUUUAAGUAUUUUAAGUAUGCUAAGCAGUUGCAAAGAUAAAAGUCGACCACCUGAUAAUGAUUGGUACGUUAAGACAUGUUCACAAGAUCCAAAAAAGACAAGAUGGUGGUAUCACGGUAAAGAUAACUGA